CAUACCCGCACGAACAAAUACCCUCGCAUCUACGCACGGGUCAUUUGCAAACAACUAAUGUGAUGUUGAAAGAUGUGUCGCUGUUCCAGUCUGGUCAGCCUUGCUGCUGGACGCCUAAUGUGGCUGUGUCCCUGUGACACAUGCAACCAAGGCACUCCUCAGAGACCGAUGGCGUCAGUCCACUCGCACCCGAGCGCAAAGCAUCUUGCGUCGCGCGAGGCAGGCCUACGAAUUAGCUAAGCAUGCCGCUUUGCCGUCACCAUGAGCUUUGGAAUUAGCAUAGGCGAUCUCUUGAAGCUGGGCGAGAUUGCCGGUCGUGUGUACAAGAACUGUCGCGACUGCACGGGCGACUACAAGUCGCUCACGACCGAAGCGCGCAGUCUUACGAAUUUAUUGGACGAUAUCCAGGAUAAGUUCGAGAAGAUACCCCCGCAUAAGCGCGAGCAACUCCGCGAAGCAUACGACCCAUGCGUCAACGUGCUAUCCGAGCUUGACAAGUUGCUCGAGCAUUACAACUCGCUCGACACAAAGAGCAAACGCGCGUGGGACCGGUUGAAAUGGGACCCAGAGAAAUCUAGAAGUCUGCGAGAACGUCUUGCUUCGAGCGUGGCGAUGCUCAAUGCAUUCUACAUCUCGGUGAUACACGAUAACCAGGUGUUGAUACUCGAGGCUCUGGAGCGGCUGGAGUUAGACUACAAGGGUGGAUGCCGCGAAGAGAGCAUCGCUUCGAUUGAACGCAUUGCUGCCCAAGACGGCCAGGAGGAGGAGGAUGAUGAUGCGGCUUGGUCUCAGAUCAUCCGCGACCUCGAAGAUGUUGGUAUAUCUCAGCAAGUGGCAUUCACCUACCAUGACUUCGUUGUGGAUUGGUUCAUCAGAGCUGUCAACGAAGGCAGACUGCUGGAGGAGCGCAGGGAUCCUGAGAGCCUGAACUCAACACGGCGGUCUUCUGCAGCCUUCCAAGUAGACUUCCUUUCUUCGUCGCUUGCCGCGACAACUUUGGACACCAAGUCUGAUACCGUCCACACAGAGGUCCUCGCGCAACCCACCAUCAUCAAAACCCUACACAGAACAGAUUCUUCCAACGCACCAGAACUGUUGCAUGUUAUGGAUCCUCUCACUGAGAUCUACAAGGAGGCAUAUCUUCCAGACCCAUCUCAUAGCGCUCCAGAGCCCGUCCACGUCUCCUCGCCAUCUGACCUAGCUCCCGAGCCUAUGCACGGAAAGAAUGGAGAGCUCUCGACUGGAUUCUUCUGGCCCAGCAACUUGGCCUCGGAAGCACCACAACCUGUCUCAUCUGUAGCACCCUCCAAUCUUCAUGAGACGGCACAGCAGAUAGUAGCAGCAUGGACUAGACGCGACUUCCCCACUGCGACAGAGUUGUUGGAACAACAGCUUGCCGCUGUCGAACUCGGCUUCGUCACAUCGAACGGUCUGCAGCCUGAUCGCCGCGUGCUAAGACACUGCAUCGGCGUGUGUGCUUCGUUCGGCGGUAACUUUACGAAAGCAAAGCACUUCUUCGAGAGUGCGUUCAACGGGCUAUACUUGAUCAAGAACCUGGACGAGGGCGACAUUGCGGCAGCACGCUGGCUGGGCGAUGUUUGUCUUCAACUGCACGAAUUCCACAACACAGUCCUGGCCUGGAGCGUCGCUCUGGAAGGUUCGAUUCGGCGCUAUGGAUUGACGCAUGAUCGCACACGGCAUCUGGUUCAGGAGAUGCUCAAGUUGGACGAGUGGGUGUCCGCAUUCAAGGAUAUCAACGGGUACUUUCUCGCAAACGUGGAUCCGACCGACAUUUUCUCGAGCACCCACGCACUGGAGAAGAGCGAUCUAGUGCGCGCAACGCAAGCACGCGUUACUGAAGGACAGCCUCGGUCGAGCCAGGCCAGAUCAGGUCGUCCUACAGCGGCGCUCCGGCCCCGCCCACGUUUGGAGAUGAUUCCAGCCGAAGCGUUCUUCACCGCUCCACUGGUAUCGUCUGGAGCAUGGCCGUUGCCGUGGGACGCAACCUUCUCCCCCAUGGCAGUUUUUCAGACGUACUGGUAUCUCAAGCUCGCGGAACCGGUUCAGUCCGCGUUGUCUACCCGCCCCCUUCGCUGGAAAUCCCUUGGGGAAUCCAAGAAGCUCGACUAUGUUACCAAAGCCGGCAGUGCCUGGCUCGUCGAAACAGUCAAGGCCAUCUUGCGUGAGCUGGAGAUUGAGCACGCGGAGCAUCCCGAUGAAAAUGCCAUCGUUUGUUGUCUAAAUAGGGACCACGACGGUGUGGCGUCUUCUGAAGGCGUUUUGAUUGGCUUCUGGAAGGUGCAAUUUCGCAAUGUGUGUGGCGUGAAGAUCUCCAACGUAAAAUGGUCCACGCGAAAGCCACCUCCCAUGUACGGCACGCGGUCGCUGAUGGAUUUCGAUGCGCCCGUUGACACGCUCGAAAUUAGGGACACUAUAAAGGAGAUGCUGGAGCUUGCGGAGAAUCGGCCACACGUUGCAGCGCCGAUUGAUGAGAAGGCCAGUGUGCAGUCCAGCUCGCGAUCAUGGAAGCCCUGGGGCAGCUCAAAGGCAACGAUGUCUUUGUCGUGACAUGCUUCCCAAUCUCCUCUAGACAAUGAUUAAUGGAGAUCGUCAUUUCGGAUUCGGCUACAGUCCACAUCGUCUGCAGUCGAGACCUGACGGCCGGUCGGGAAGGGUGCGGCGCGUGUUGGCUGAAACGCUCGCUUGUUCCCCACACGCACAUCCGAUCGUUACCAGGCGAUCCAAAGAGCAUCGUCAGCCACCU